AUGCUGCCGCUGCUGCUGCUGUCCCUGCUGUGGGCAGGGUCCCAGGCUCAGUAUGGGAGAUUCCAGCUGCAAGUGGAAUCUGUGACAGUGCAGGAGGGCCUCUGCGUCCAAGUGCCCUGCAAUGUCUCCUACCCUGCAUAUGGAUACACUGACUCUGACCCAGCUCACGGCUACUGGUUCCGACAAUGGGAAUAUCAGCUCCAGCGUACGCUUGUGGCCACAAACAACCCAGAUCAUGAAGUGCAGGAGGCGACCCAGGGCCGAUUCCACCUCCUUGGAGACCCCCGGGUCUACGACUGCUCCCUGGACAUCAGAGACGCCAGGAGGAAGGACUCGGGGACAUACUUCUUUAGGAUAGAGAGAGGGUUUUAUGCGAAAUAUGAUUACAGAGAGAACCCGCUCUCUAUGCUUGUGACAGCUCUGACACAGACACCUGAUGUCCACUUCCAGGGGACUCUAGAAUCUGGCCACCCCAAGAACAUUACCUGUGCAGUGCCAUGGGCCUGUGAGAGGGGGACGCCCCCCACCUUCUCCUGGAUCGGGGUCUCCCUCACCUCCCUGGGCCCCAAGACUGCCCACUCCUCGGUGCUCACCCUCACCCCGCGGCCCCAGGACCAUGGCACCAAUCUCACCUGUCGAGUGACCUUCCCUGGAGUUGGCGUGAGCUCAGAGAGGACCAUCCGGCUCAACGUGUCCUAUGUGCCCCAGAACCUGACCAUCAGCGUUUUCCGGAAAGAAGGCACAGGUAGGACGCAGCCUCUCCUCUCCCAGAGGUGUGGUGGAAGCGGGGUCUGUCUCCUCCCUUCAGAGGAGAGCUGGGGUUCAGAACUCAGAAGGGAGAAAGGCUCAGGCCAGGUGUGGGGACAGUAG